AUGCUUGAAACCGUCACCUGCAAGGGUGGUUCGAAUUACCACACAUAUAGAGUACAUGCCAUCAUCGAGCGCAGACUGAACAGAAACAUCAUUGUCUCUCAGCCUAUCCGAAUUUAUAAAUCGUUUUCCCUCGAGGAGAGUGUCAACCGGAUGUUACCUUUGAAUUCAAUCGAUAAACAGUGGGAUGACGUCGCGCAAUACAGCGUUUCCAUUCCUGACGUCAACAUCCCGUUUGGCGCGACAUUUCCCGUGAAGGUCCAGGUCGCUCCAUUAUCAAAGGGUAUAAGGUUGAAAGCGUUAACCGUCGACGUCGUUGAGCAACACGAGCUCAAAAUCAGCGCACCAGCAUCAUACUCCGCACAGUUCAACGUCCGCUUUCUAUCAUCCAAACAAGAGCACGUCAUUUUCAGCGAGCGGCACAACUUAGACGAUUGUAUGGCUCCAGAAUCGGAGAGGUCUGAUCUUGAAUGGUGUACAACCAAAGUCAUAUCUUUGCCACAGGAUCUUGAAGCUUGCACUCAGGAUGUAAGCCUUAAUACCAUAAAGAUCAAGCACCAACUAGUGUUCACUGUCGAGUUACUCGGUGUUGGCAAGGGGCUAUCAAUGAUAAAAGGGACGAUUCCAUUCAAUAUAUACAUGUCACCACAUCUCAUCAGUGAACACGGUACUGUCCGUCGUGUCCAUAUUGAUGGAUUUCAUGAUGAUUACGUGCCGCCUCCCCCCUUGUAUAGCAAACACCAAGAUGAUCUGUUGCUCCCUAUGGUGGAAGACUCACUGAAUCCUGAUACCCUACGAAUAAAUUGCGAGCAGCCCCUGGAUGAUGUUUUUGUCAAUUCUGUAGGGCUUGACUGUGCACCCAGUUAUGAAUCGGUGAUUCGAAUCUAA